AUGCCUGACAGCCACAGGAGCACCCAGCGGCCGUUAAACACCUCUCCCUUCGAACCGGGCAAACGCACAACUCCCGCUCGCGUGCUCGACAAGCCGCUCCCGCCGCCACCUGACGAGAAGACGCAUCACUCGUCGACGACGGCGCUCGCGGGACGAGGCACGCGGCGUCGAAAGGAGGGGGAACCGAGGAACGAGGAGCACCCUCAAGCAUCGUCGGGCGGCUCUCGUCGGUAUGAGUCAAACCCCUCGACGAGCACGCCGCGCCUCGUCUCGCUCCCCAAGUCGGGCCUACACGGCAUGGAGCGCCCCGCCGUCAGGUACACCGGCCCCGUCAAGCCGCGCAAGCCCGUCGAGGUCGGCACGAUUCCGAUCCGCCUCGACGACGACGACGAGCGCGAGGGCGACAUCCCCGUCAUGCUCGACCUCGCGCCCGAGGUGCUCGACCGGCACUUGGUGAGCGGACAAAGGAACAGGAGGACGAGCGCGGUCGAGCGGCGGCGCGAGUGA